UUCAUCAACUUCUACUCAUCAAUCUAUCUUCUGAACACUAUUGCAGACUUACAUGGAUAUGUCUUCUGAUAUUUCACAUGCCGCUUCGUCUUCGUCUCCAUACAGAGGUGUUCGCAAGAGAAAAUGGGGGAAAUGGGUUUCCGAAAUCAGAGAGCCUGGAAAGAAGACCAGAAUUUGGUUGGGCAGCUUCAAGACGCCGGAGAUGGCCGCUGCGGCCUACGAUGUCGCUGCUUUGCACUUCCGGGGACGCGACGCCAGGCUCAACUUCCCCGAGCUCGCCGGCAGCCUCCCCCGACCAGCAAGUAAUGACGCCGACGACAUUCGCAUGGCGGCACAUGAGGCCGCCCUAAGGCUGAUGACGACCGGGUCUGCCGCAGUUCUUGAGCAGUCGUCUGGCUCCGAGGCGGCACCGAUGAUGGUCCGGCUCUCGCCGAUGCAGAUUCAGGCGAUCAAUGAGAUGCCGCUAGACUCGCCGAGGAUGUGGAUGCAAAUGGCGGACUCAACGAUGUUAGAUGAAACGAUGUCGUUUAUGUAUGAGUAUGACGAGGAUAUGCAAAGUGAUUCUCUGUGGGAUCCAUAGGGGUAAUAUUUAAUUCAAUACAUUAUAUAAUUAUAGAUAUAGAUAAUUAUUAUAAUAUUGGAAAUAUUCACAUAGGAUUAGAUAUAAUAUAAAUAAUUAGUCAAUGUUUAAUUAAUCAGGUUGUUGACAAAUCAAUUGAUGAACUAGAGCUAGCUGUAGGAAUUGAAAUUGAAAGUUUCUUAAAAAAACAAAAAACAAAAAAAAAAAAACCAGAAGCUGUGGGUUCAUUUUCUUCAAAGAUGAUGAAAGGAGGUGAUGACUUUGAUAUUAAACUGUCUUAUUAAUUAAUUGAUUGAGAGAGAAUUUAUGGUAAAUACUAUAUUUAAUUUGUUUCUUUAACACGAGUCUUCCUAGAAUUGAUAGAGGGUUGGAAUUUCUCGUGUAGUAUUUAAUUAAAUUAAAAUGAUUAUUUUCGGUAACAUGAUUGAUCAAAGAAUUUUUAUGAUGGAGACAUAAAAAAAAUUAAGAAUUAGUAAUAAUCAUAGGUAGGGAUUAGGGAGUGAGAUUUAAGUAUGUUGUGUGAUGUUCAAAAUUUAGAGCCACAAACUUGCAAAUUGGCUGUAUUUUUGUAAGCUGUGGAAGAGUGUGGUGUGACUGAGUGUAUAAUUUUUUUUUUUUGGACCAUGUGACUGUGAUGUAAAAUUUGUACUUCUGAAAAAUUGAUGUUUAAUAAUAAUAUUUGUUGUUCAAAUGUUAACUUGUACUGUA